GCUCGCUUUAAAUAGGGUUUCAUCACUACACACGACAUAUCUGAAUUAUAUUUUAUUGUGUUACGUUUGGUAGUUUAUUAUCUGCAAAAGUGUCAAUUUUAAAGAUUUUGUGGUGAUAUUGAACUGAGAAUGAAGAGAUCUGUAUGAAACGUAAAGUAUGGCGCCAAAAAAUAAGGAAAAUAGUUCUUCUGCAAAUAAAAAGAAGAGACAAAUGUCUGAGGACGAGGAUGGUGAGGAUUACAGAAGAAGAAGGGAUAGAAAUAAUCAGGCUGUAAAACGUUCUAGAGUUAAAAGUAAAUUACGUACCCAGCAAACUUUAGAGCGUGUGAAUCAGUUGAAGACAGAGAAUGAGUUACUUGAAGAGAAAAUUAAGAUGCUCACCAAAGAACUUGGGUUUUUAAAAGAUCUUUUCCUGGCACAUGCAGGGUCAAGUCAACAUUCUGUGAAUUUUCAAGAGCUGGACUUGAAUACUCUUUUGGCUGAAGAUUCAAAAUCUGAAGAACUGGCUAAAGGAGCAACUAAGCUAUAG